UUUUAUUUUGAAGGUGUUGACAGGAAGUCUACCGGUUGACGGUCGGUGUGUGUGUUGACGCUACAUGCGGGCUGAUCGCAUCGCAUUCCAAUGUGAGCGAGAUGUAACCGCUGUGCGGACUCUAUGUUUCCAAACCGUCUCUAGCCGCAAUUUGGAGGAAUAAAAUGUCCAACUUGAAGGAGUCCAACACUUGUCCUGACGGCUACAGGGCUUUAAGCACAAGUGAGCUGAGGGAGCUUUUACAAAACGACGACAAAAUGGACCAAAUCAUUCGGCUCAAUGAGAAGUUUCAGGAUCUUCAAGUGGACAGAGAGAUGCUGCUGACCUCCAAUCGGAGUUUGGCCGAGGAGAGCCUCGCCCGACGACCCCGCCUUUGUAACGGCAAACUCCAACUGGCGGAGAAAUACCGGGAACUGUCCAACCUGGCAACCACAUGCUGGGAAAAACAGAGUCAGCUUGAGGCUAACGUCCAGAAGCACAGCCUGCAGACGGCGCAGAACCUCCUGCAGGAAGAGGUGGCACGUGCCGAGGAGCAUUCAGAGGAGCUGCUGGAGAAGUUCAUGGAGGGAAACGUGAGCCUGGAUGAGUUCCUGGACUCCUUCCAAAGCUCCAGGAAGACGUAUCAUAUCCGCCGGGCUCAGGCAGAGAAGAUGCAGGAGGUCGCCCAGGCCAAGCGGCAGCCGGGCAAACCCAGGAGGCCGGAGGAGAGCAAAGUCCCAGAGGUGAAGAAGGACUCGGAGCAGCCUCAGGAGCCUCAGAGGCCCAACGGCUUCGUAGCGCAAGGACCUCUUAGAGUGUUCCAGGUACGCUACGGCCUCACGCCAGCCAUCCUCCUCCCUCAUUACCCAGUUUCUCCCCCUACCUCGGCUCCAGGCUAUCAAAGUAGUACCCCCUCAUCUGAACCCCAGUCGGGACAGACCCACAUCCUCAGCCCUAGCACCCCACUCCCAGGACACGGCCAGCCGGUCGGCCUCAGGGUCAUUGGACAGUUACCGGGCGGCUGGCCGGCUAACGGGCGGCCGGUGAGAGUGCAGCAUCUCUACAGGCCAAACCCUCAACAGCCCGAACCGCCGUACCGAUAAGCUCAAGGAGGAGGGGGGGAGGAGGAGGAUGAAAAGCUGGUUUGAGAGGUCUUCCAAGACAUGGAACCAAACAGGGGCUGUCACAAUCAUGUAAGCAAAGACUGAUCCAGAGACAGGCAGCACUGCAGACGUCCGUUUCUGUUCUCCAUCCAUGACACACCAGUGUAACCAGAGCAGAGAUGGAGAGGCUGCGGGUGAGGGGAUGGGCUCCGAUAGCUAACGAAUCCCUCGUCAGACCUUUUAUCUCUCCUUAGUCUUCCUCCAUGGUUGGGUCAGUUUCUGUUUUUGACAGUCCUGUCCGGUGUGCAAGCUUAAACCGGUUUGAUUUUCUUGCAAACUGACUGACAUUAUUAUCAUUAUGAGAAAUUCUGCAAGCAGUUGUGGUUUAAUGAAACAAGAAAUUUACAAAAUCUUGAUGUGGACUAUCAGUGAAAAUACUGAUGCUGUAAAGAUGUUUCCCUCUGAAGCUCAGUGAUUGGUUUAGGGAAGAAUCACUGAUUUAAAAGGUGGCAUUUUUGAGUAUUCCUCGUGACCCGUAACCAAUCACGUGGCGAUGUGGGCGGGACGUUGGGCCGAACCGACAGAGAGAGGCAGCUACAUCACAGAUGAUCCGAUCUGAAACUCAAAACCAUAAUGCAAUCCAAGCUUUGAGUUUUGUGAUCAAUCGCACCUCUCUGCUCUGUUUAUGUUCCAAUUAGAAGUAGCCCAAGGAGUCAGUCUAGUGGUAAAAUUUGGUAUCUACAUUCUUUAAAAACACGCUGCUGAUUUCUUCACGACCAUCACUUGUUCGUGGAAGCAGCUGAUCUGGUUCAUCACAGUCAGCAGUCGCCCCCGCCGACUGCGUGAAUGUGGAGAUUAUUCAGUUUUAGCUAUGACAGAGAUUUGGGGGAAAAAAAUAACAUUAAUGUCACGCUUUGCUGACUUUCAGAGUGUGGAUGCGAAGGCGUUUUGUGGAGCAGCCAAGAGAACACAACAUGAAUUACUUGCUAACAUAUAAUUUAUCACAUAAUUUCUGGCAUCAUAAUCAGAAGGAAUUCAAAAGCAUUCGUAUUCAGUGAGUGGAUACGCUGCUGGAUUGCAACUUGAAAUGCGAUCGAACCCCAUCCUUGAGAAGGACAUGAAAGUUUUUAUUUCUAAUUUUAUUUUUUUAUACUUCACAUGGAGCAAAGUGAAGCACAAGGUUGUGAAGCACAUCUUCAGCGGCAGUAGAAAAGAAAGAUUUCAUUGUUCGUCCAAACGGCAACGCAGAGAGGCUUUGUGAGAUGCCAAGAGUCGUUGAAAUGAAUGAUGGCAUCAAUAAAAUGGCGUUUAAUAUGAGCUCUCAUUGUUUUUCAUCCUGUCAAAUCAAGCAGUGACGCUCACACCCGGAAACGUUCCCUAAGAUCAUGAAUGCUGAUAUCAGAUGACUGCAGAGCAGAGUUAAAACAAACGGAGCAGUUGGUGUUUAUUAAUCAUUUCAAGACUAUAACCUGCCGCUGUUAUUCGCACUGUCAUGUGUGUUACCAUCACAGAUAAUUACCCAAAGCCGUCUGCCUUCUUGUGCCAUCUCAUGAACAGUGUUGGAGCUCACAAGAUUUAUUUAUUCAUGUAAAUCCUAUUUUAAAUGGCUGACUUCAAAGCUUCUUGUUUACCGUGCUAAAUGAAGAGCUGCUUCUCCUUUCAAGGCAGCCAGUGUUUUUUAUUUCUCCCUCCCCUCCCUGAACUGAGACGCAGAGUGAGGGGAAUUUAAUCUCUAUGAGAAUGCCAGUGCUCUGCAAGCCCACAGUCGGAUAUAAGGAGGUUUAGGAGGUUUCCCUCUCAUUUCGCUCUGCUUUUUUCCUCAUAAUCCACCUUCAACAUCUAAAGGGAAAAGCUCUAGAAUGCAGGUUUUGAUGGUUCUGCUCUUGAACGUACAUUUUCCUCAUUAAUAAGCACCCAUAUAAGUGCAUGCUUACUACAGCUUGACGAAGUACAUGAAAAUGCCUUUUGCAGGCCAGUGCCCAGUUGCAUAAAGCAUCUCAUGAAAAUAUUCAGUUCUUUUGAGAUUUGCGGUGUUAAAGUGACAGUUGUUUUAAUGUAACUUGCGUCAUUUUACCAGCAAAUAUCCUUAAAUAACUAAGACUUGUAAAUGCAUUUCAAGACACUGAGAGUUUUUUUUUUCUUUUUAAACUUGGGUCAUCUCCAUCUAAACAAACUGCUGAGAUCUGUGAAUGCAGCUGCAUUCUAAAAAGAAGGGCGAGUGCCAAGAGGCGCAAUGAUCUUAUCUGAUAUUGUGUCUUUAGCUUUACCUCUUUGACGUUGUCUUUGUGUUUUGGGUCUCUUUUCUGAUGAUCUGAAACUUGCCUUUCAUCCCUGGAAGCAGGUACUACAAAACAAAGAGGGACAGGGGACGCUCAACACAUCACCUGGAAACUGUUAUCCAACAAAUCCUGCACUUUCUGAUACAGAAAUGCAGCUUUUGUGACAUGAAUGUUUUAGUUUGAUCAGUUUAAUGUUUGCUUUGUUUUUGUAUCUAUGCAUCUGUUUUGUUUUUUGUGUUUUUACUUCUUUUGGGGAAAAAGAAAAUGGAAAACCAAUAAAUAAAUUCCAAGACAAAAGAAACACAAGCAGUCAGGCCGUCAGACGGAGAUCCCGAUUGGAGGAAAUAAAGGCGACCGUUUGUGUUUCUGUCCCUACUGAACUUCUCUUUAGUGAUGUUUCCACAUUCACAGAUCUUAAUUUGAUGGAUAAAAUGUUAGGAUUGUUAAAUUAGUGAUGACUAAAAGACCUAAUAGAUUAUUUUAAAUCUGUUUUCUGGUACCCAAAAAUUGUUGAAUCCUUAACGCUGAAACUUGUUAUUAUUAAUGAAUGAAAUUAAAAUAUGGUCUCUCUAGAUUGGACGGCACGUUUGGAGUUGCUUUGCAAUAUUUUACUUUUUUCUCUUUUGACCAGUUUAGCCUUUUUUUGUUUGUGUGUGUGUUUUGGUUUGUUUUGGUUUUUGAUUUGUCUUUUUUAUUUCAUUUUUCAUUAUUUGUGUCAUUGUUCUUAUUUAAUUUCAUGCCUUUGAACUCUCUGACUAAAUAAAGGAAGGAUACCUCGCCUUUUAAUCUGCACACUAUUAACACAACAGAAAAAUUUGAGAAAAUCCUACAUAUUCUAACUUAAAUAGCUUAGCUAUAGCUUAGCUUAGCAUACGUACUGGAAACAGGGGAAAGACAUAGCCUGGCUGUGAAGGCAGUAAAAUCCAGUCCAAUAAAGGUCACAAAUUAACAUAUUUAUAUCUUGUUUGUGUCAUCUUCAGGAGUGUAAAUGUAACGUGUUGUGUUACAGGAGGUUAUGUGCUGGUGCAGUAACUUCCUGGUUGUCUGGAAACCUCACAUUGAUGACAAAACUAGGAAGUUACCAGAGCUCGUCAUCUACACAUCUUGAGUGGGUUUUUAGCACUGUUGUUAGGGAGAUUUUGAUACCUUGGGGCAGAGCCAGGCUCAUUGUUCCCCCCUGUUUGAAGUCCUCAUGCUAAGCUAAGCUAACUGGCUGUUGGUUCCAGCUUUAGUUUGUCAGUCUUGUCAUCUCAGCUGAAGAAAGCAAAUAAGCGUAUCUCCAAAAAUGUCAAAUUAGAAACCAGAAAAUGAACAUCUUAAAGACAUAAACGUUGGCUGUAACUGGGCACUGGCUCCAACCAAACAUGCAGUUCUGUGUCCACUCAGGGUCUGAGAGGAAAAACAUGCAGUGUCACUUCUUAUCCUGUAGCUCAGAUGGACCCUGAGUGUGGGUCAGUCUGGACUCGUGGAUCUCAUGUUGCCCUCUCCAACCAACCAUGACCACGGUGACACCAAAUCACCUCUGAUGUUUCUUUGUUGCAGUGAGGUUUGACUGAAUGAAGGUUGUAGCAGUCAUUGCUCGAGUCUCGGGAGUGUUUGUUUUUGUUUUGUGACAAUGCUGUCUGUUGUGGCCAAACACAACCAAGAAUCCACCCUCAACAAAUUCACUGGGUUUUUAUUCAGGCCAGAUGAUUCAUGUAAGAUUGGACACUUAUGUGUUUGAAAUAUUCUCAAAAUGUAAAGUGCUUGUUUCUGCGA